AUGGACAAGGCGUCGAUCCAGUACGCGUGCAUUCCCGCGCAGUACCUCGGAACCGGCGCUGUCGAGACGGCCAAUUGCGUCCAAGCAGACAAGUUCAAGCGGCGGCUUCAUCGCGACAGCAUGCACCACGCGGAUUACUAUGGCCGGCAUGUGAACUGCUACAUGAUGACGUGCCUCUUUGCCAUGUACGCUUCGUUGAGCGACGCUACGUGGGUGUCGUACGUUCAAGUGGGCGUGCUGCUCAUCGUGCUCGUGCACGCAGCGUGCGGCGCCCUCCACGGGUUCGCACAAAAACGAGCCGCGUACCAGUGGGAGCAGUGCCGUGUCAUGAACUCUGGACAAAAAAGCAAGACGCUGUGA